AUGAACCAAACCUCAAUAACCAAGGACGUUUUCUUAUUCAGAGCACAUUCAAAUCAUCUAAAAACCAAUAAAAUUGCACAGAAAGGUUAUAUACCGGAUAUAUGGAAUGUGCUCGAAAAGCACAACCUUGAAGACUACUUGUUGAACUACCUUGACAAUGGAUACUUUCCACCAAACAAGCUAUGGAAUAAAAUCUGCAGAUAUCAGGUAAAACAGACACAAAUAUGCUCUGAAAAUAGAGCAAACAGAGCAGAUGCACGGAUACCAACAAACAGAUUAAGAGAACACCAAUUAUGGAAAACUGCUCAAAAGGACCAUACGAUACUGAGAGAAUCAUUAACAAUGGCGAAGGUGAUAUCAAUGCCACUCGAAAAUAGGGAAUCUUUGUGUGAAAAAUGUGGAAUGCUUUACAAUGACACUAUUUCACAUAUUCUUCAAGAGUGCGCCAACCACAACUCGCAAAGAGAGCAAGUAAUCAGAGCCCUCAACUUAAACCAAGAUGAAGAAUUCAGUCGUUUACCGAACGUCAGUGCUAUGAGCUGCAGACCACCAGACUCAAACACAGAGAUCUCAAUAACUGUAGUUACAGAGUAUUUACACUAUGUUGAUCGAUUGAUAAGGGAAAAUAAUGUAUCAUUGAUACCUCCAUUUCCGAACACUGCACAAAAUUAACCACAUGAUUGUAUUGUUUUCUUAUUUUACCUUGUACCUUUAAAAUUGUGAUGUUAUUAUUAAUGACGCUAGCAGAAUACUAGUGUCAAUGUACCUGUAAUAUAAGUUCAUAUGAAAUCCACACAUAUGUGGGAAAUAAAGAUACAUACAUACAU